ACUUAUCCUUUUUUUUUUUGAAUACGAUGUGGCCUCUUACCGCAACUCCAGGGAGAACCCAUCGCCACGUAACUGCUCCCGGGGGGCCCGCGAUCGUCUUUGCGCCCAGUUUCUAACGCAAGCGCGGGAGGCGGGCCCGGCCGGAGCCGUCCUUUUCGUUCCCACCUCGCAUUUAGCAAGGAAAGGAGCACCUUAGCCGAACGCAGAUCCACCAACCAACCAUACAUGCACCCCCAUAACUACCAUUAUUACAUGGUAACCCCACCACUUCUUAUUUCCUUUCUGCUUUCUUUCAUUGACCCUCUCUCUUGGAUGAUUCCGGAUUCCUUCUUGUGGACCUGAAACAAGAGCAGAUCUCUGCAAAAUCUGAUCUUCCCCUUGGGAAGCAGACAGCAAAUUUCCAAGGAGAAGGGGAUAGAGAGAUUUAGAGAAAGAAGAGAGGCGUUAGUCUACUCCCAAGGCUGCAUUGGACUCUUUUCCUUUGCUCCCAAGGCUACUUAAUCUGGGAUACACUCUUCUGAAGGAAGAAUUGGAAGUGGGGAGGCAAAGCAGAUCCAAGUCUUUCAUCCUUCUGAUUCUUUUCUCACUCCGCAGCGUAGCCUAGCAUGUUGAAGUGAGUGCAAGCAGAGGAUCUGCCAAUCCCUCUCACCUUCAGUUAAAGAAAUGAUGAUGGAAUGUUGUGUACCAUCAUGAGAACUGAUAGUGGGGUUCCUCUUUACAUGCUUGGAACUUUAUAGUCAUGACUUCAACAAUGCAGACAGAUGAAGCAGCGCAUGGGGAAACCAGAGUAAUGGAAUCUGGUGCACAAGAAAGGAGAAAUUCGCUUCAGCAUCAGUUCUCAAAAUCAUCAAAGGAGAGAGAAUUACACCCCAGACAAAUCAGGCAUAUAAAAAUGCGAGAGAAGGAUAAGGCCUUGAAAACUGCAAAGCUCAAUGUAAUGACAGUUUCAGAUCUGCAAGCUUCCAGUGUGGGCUCAGUCUCUUCUAUGCCCUCUGGGAGCUAUCAAAAGCCUUGGCCCAGCACAAAAGCAGCUGGAGCUGAAGAACUGGUCAAACACAUGUCAAAGGUUCCAAGUUAUCUCCAGCGCAUGGAGACAAGAGACAGCAUUCAGGAGAAGGCACUGAAUGUUGGAGUUCUUGAUUGGGGGCUUCUUGAGAAGUGGACAUACCAUCAGAAACAAAUGGCAAAUGAGAGAGGUGAAAAUUCUUCAUCUACUUGUGAUCAGUCCUUUUCAUUUUCUACAUUUGGAUCAUCUGUCCAAUCUCAUGGAAGCACAGGUAGCCCUAUUCCUCGAAGGAAGCAAUCUGCUUUCGGGAAUGCUUAUCAAAAUCCAUCUGUUAUGGGAACUCAAACACGGUUGAUGGAGAAUAGAAGUUCUGAACAUGUCAUGGAUUUUCAGGAUCCAAAAACUUCAACCAUGCAUCUAGAUGCAGAUCGUGGUACAGGUACCAAUUAUAUGAGGCACAAGCAUUUGAAAGACAAGAGAAAAUAUCCAGGCUUCAGUGGCACGUCUCGUAAGAUGUCCCUACCUCCAGACUCGAGCACUUCAUGUGCAACUUCCAAAGAUGUUGAUACCUCAGAAAUGCUCAAGUCAGUAGAGGCUGAAGAUGGUAGAUCAAAGAAAGCAGAACAAAAGCAAUACCGAGCUUUGUUUCAGAACAAGGAGUGCAUGUGGGAUCAUCUCGAGCAGAGUGUUCGUGCAAGAUGUAGUAGCUUUGAGUCAUCUGUAUCUCAUGAUGGAAUGCCAACAGAGGGACAUCGCAACAGUUUUUCAGGUAGAUUUCCCGAUGAUAUCCAGUCCACCUAUCAAUCUCGUCAUGUUCCCCACUCAUGUCGACUCCCUUGCACCAUUUUUACCGAUUUACCUGCAUCAGCCAGCAAUCUUCUUGGAGAAAAGAAAGUUCAGGUCACCAAUGCAGAAGGCCAAAAUAGGAAACAUGACCAAUUUACUCGCAAUUUUUGUGAGCAAUUUCAAGUUAAUAAAGAUGAUAAAUUAGGUCAAGCUGAAGAAAAGGCAACCACUGCAAAAGGAACAAAAUUGCCUGACUGUUUGUCAAGUGCUGGUCCAACUUCUACAAGCAGAAGUUCAUGGGAAGAUUCAUCUUUACAACAAUCAAAAUCACUUGCAUGUCCAGAAAGGUCUGAUGAGGACAAGGCAACUGCAACUAACAAAGGUAGGCGCAGCCCAUUUAAGAGGAUAUUAGAUCCAUUACUUAAGCCAAAGAACCACAUUUAUUUUUCUGGACCAAUUGCAGCCUCAUCCAUUCAUAACUCUCAAAAGCUAAAUGAUGCUGGUAAGCCUCUGAUGAGGGAAGAAUUAGCAUUAUCAUAUGGGCCACGCAACUCAUCUGAUACAGGCCUUAAUUUCAUUUGGCAUUCACAGGAAAAUCUGAACUCCUCACAUAAGGUGCUCAACAAUAGCAGAGGGUCACAGAAAGAUGAGGGGCAGUUGGCUUCAACAAGGCAAGCUCUUUUGCAACUGGCUUGGAAGAAUGGACUACCUCUGUUUAUGUUCUCAUCUAGUGAUAGUGAUAUUCUUGCAGCCACAGUGAGUAAGAAAAGCAUAUCUAAUAACGACAAUUGCAAAUGCAUUUAUACAAUAUUCUCUGUUCAUGAAGUUAAGAAGAAAAGUGGAAUGUGGAUUAACCCUACAAGCAAGACUAAGAAACAUGGGCUGCUCUCUAAUGUCAUUGGCCAGUUGAAGGUUUCAUGUUCCAUGCUCACCAAUCAUGAUUCCAAGAGCCAUUCUGUUGUGAGAGAAUUUGUUUUGUUUGGUUCUGAGAUGGCACCAACAUCCCAUAAAUCUGUUAGUUCUCUGUGUAAUAAUGAGCUUGCAGCCAUAAUUGCCCAGGAUCCUCGAGAGAAGCCGGAAAGUUCUAGGGUUCAUUUAGUACACUGCAGCAAAUGCAAGUACUCGUCACCAGUAAAUUUGGAAGAAAAUGUAUGUUCCCGUUGCGCACGAGGUGGUCAGCAGGUUGAUCAGAAUAAUGGCAAUUCAUCCGUAUCUACAGUUAUAGCCAUACUUCCAAGUGGGGUUCAUGGCUUGUCAGAUAAAGGAGAACCCUCCCCUUUGAUCCAAAGAUGGAAAUCAGGCGGAACGUGCGAUUGUGGUGGCUGGGAUGAAGGUUGCAUGCUAACUGUCCUGACUGACAAUCAAGAGAAAAGGAGCUCGGAUUUGGUCCAAGCUAGUUGCACCACUGAUGGUACUCACCGAUUUGAAUUGUUCGUUCAGGGUGGGUCUCAUGAGAGCAAACAUGCCUUCAGUAUGGUUUCUUUCAAAGAGGGACUGUAUACAGUUGAUUUCAGGUCAUCCAUUGCUUUACCGCAGGCUUUUGCAAUUUGCAUAGCUAUCGUUCAUAGCAGGGAGUCAACCAUUCGCUCAGUGGAAGGACAGACUUUACAGGAACAUAUAAUUGCUGAAAAUAGGAGGAAGGUGCCUGGGAGUUACGUACCAAACCAUCCACCUCUUUCCCCUGUUGGGAGAGCUUAAAUGCCCCUGCCGAUCCGUUGAGCGAAAGGUAUAAUAUCUUGGCUUGCGCUUUGAAUUCUUUCUGCUACGUGCCAAUAAGUAGAUACAAUCAAGGGGACCUGCCUCCGCGUAUAGCUGUUUCAUAUUUGCUGGCAUGUGGUACUUGAAGCCCAUUGUGGCCAAAAUGUGGGCUACGAUGCGUGGCUCCAUGUUGUUGUAUUAUAUGAAGAAAAAUGCUUCAUCGCACCACUUGUUCCCCCACUCCCAGCACCCGCGUGUGGUGAUUAAUAGACCGAUACAUAGGAUCUGCCUGUUAUUCGUGUGAGGCAUGUACUGUGUUGAUCCCUGACUGCCAUAUGGACUGGUCCUGUGAGCGCGGAAAUAAGUGUAGGGAAGCAGCACUCAUAUUAAUGUGAACAGCAUUAGAAGAAUCUUCGUCUCAAAAGGCAGUAAGGAUCUUUGUACUAUAUUGCGUCUUGAGAAAAUAAUAGAACAUAAUCUUUUUAUCC